UCCAGUCCGCAGCCAAUUCCCCAGAAGGGCAACUGGGGCUUCCAGCUGCGGAGAAACAAGGUAGCCCGGCCCAGCCCAGCCUAGCUGGGCCCCUCCCUUCUUCACCCAACUCACUUUCCGAGAGGAACCGCGAGCUUUCUACUCUCCCCCCACCCCCACGCCGUCCAAGCUUCCUUCCCUGGGGGGCCUGGAUGUGGAGGCGGAAGCUAUGGUCCCGCGCCCUCCGCCGCCCAGGGCUCCGGCCGCCGCCCGGGGCUCGGGGCUGUCAGGAGUCCUGGGUCUUGCUCCGCCGCCGCCGCCGCCGCCCGGGCUCCCGCCGCUGCUGCUCGCCCCUCCGCCGCUGCUCCUGCUCCUGCUGCUUCUCCUCCUGCUGAGCACGCCGGCCGCUCCGUGCCCCUUCCAGUGCUACUGUUUGGGGAGCCGAGAGACGAUACGCUGCAGCCACAUCGUCCUCCAGGAGCUGCCCCGCGACCUGCCCGCCGACGCGCACAACCUCAGCAUCGUGGGCUCCAACCUGACGGUCCUGCGCGCUGCUGCCUUCGCCGGGGAGGAGCUGCCCACGGCCGAGGGCAAUAGCAGCGGCGGCGAGGGCUGGCCAGUACGCCUGGCCAACCUCACGUCCCUGCAGCUCAACCAAGACAACAUCCAGGUGGUGGAGGACGGCGCCUUCUGGGGCCUGCCCCGCCUGGCUUCCCUGGACCUCAGCCACAACCCGUUGGGCGCCCUGGGUGCCGCUGCCUUCCGGCCUCUGCCCGCCCUGAGUGUCCUCAGGCUCAAUGCCGCGGCGCGCGGGCUGGCCGAGCAACUGGACGACGCCCUCCGCGGCCUGGCCGCCCUGCGCCGCCUCGAGCUGCAAGCCAAUGAGCUGACCCACCUGCCCCCCUCCGCCCUGGAGCUGGCGCACCUAGAGCUGCUGGACGCGCAAAGCAACGCGCUGACUGGGCUGGCGCCGGUUGAACUGCGCGCGUUGGGAGGAGAGACCCAGGGGACCCCUACUACCCCGACGGCUCCAGGCCCCAGACGGCUGAGCGUGUGCCUAGCAAAAAACCCGCUGCUCUGUGACUGUGGGGCGAGGGCGCUUCUUACCCUGCUCCACAAGACCCCCUGGAGAGUGCCAGACGCGCGCUUUCUGCGCUGCGCUGCGCCCCAGGCACUCCAAGGCAUCUCUUUACUGGCCUUGAACGAGUCAAAGCUGAGUUGCGGCCAGGGUCCCCAAGAAAAGGGGGAAGGGAAUGAGGAAGAAAAAGGAAGGGGGAAAGAGGGGGAGGGGGCGGCAGGGAAUGUGGAGGAGGGAACAGAGGGAGGGGAUGAGAAAGGGCAGCCGGGUACUGGGGAGGAGUUGGAAGCGUCCUACGUCUUCUUCGGCAUCGUUCUGGCGCUCAUCGGUGUAGUCUUCCUUAUGGUCCUCUACCUGAACCGGCGAGGCAUCAAGCGCUGGACGCGCAACCUGCGCGAGGCGUGCCGAGACCAGAUGGAAGGCUACCACUACCGCUAUGAACAGGACGCCGACCCCCGGAGGUCUGGCACCGCCAGCUCGUCAGGCACGCUCUGAGUGCAGCGCUCUCGGUCAGGCAGACUGGGCUGUUAGGGAGAAGAGGGGAACUUAGCUCCUCUCCGCACCCAACCUUCUGCUCUUACCCCCUGCCCAUCCCUUCCCACCUGAUCACUUAUUCCCCAACGCUCCUGUCAAAAUUUAGGCACUUUGCUCCACCUGGUAAACCUGUUAUUUAGUCCCUGCCUAUUUCUCGACUCAUCUCCACCCCGCUCCCCGGCCCCCAAACCCUAGUCUUGGGUUUUAGGCACUUAAUAUUCCCCCUUAUUAGCCACCCCCUCCACUAUCCCUCAGGCCUGGGGAAAUUAGGACUCAGCCUGAAGUACACCACACUCUUCCUCCUCUUCUUCCUAUACUUUCUCCCCUCCUCCUCUUCUUCCUCGUCCUUGUAUUCUUCCUCUGCUUCCUAGCCCUUCUCCUUUCUUUUCUUCCCUCUUCCCUUUUCCACUUUUCACUCCUGCUCUUCCUCUUUUCCCUGUUCUCUUCCUGUCUUUAUUCCCUUCAUCUUCCACCGCAACCCCACACCUUCUCUCUCUCUCUCUCUCUCUCUCUCUCUCUCUCUCUCUCUCUCUCUCUCUCUCUCUCUCUCUCUCUCCUCCUUUGGUUUUGGGCUAGGGAGAAGUCAUUAGUAUACUGACUUGGAGGGAGGAAAAGGUGAGGAGAGAAAUCUCAUCUUAAGGCUUUGCAGAAAUAGAGGACUUUGAACGCCCUCCCUGAAAAGACAGCUGGACUGCUCUCAGGGCCCAUUGCUGCUAAAACUGGUGCCUCCACCCCACCCCAGCCCAUCUAGUCCUCUCUCCCUUACCCACCCAGUUCUUCCUUCUCUCCCUUCUCAUCAAGUGAGAUCAUUGUGAGGCGUUUAGCACAGUGCCUGGAACAUAGGAGGCACUAUCUAACCGCUUAUUCCCUCCCCCUCCCCUUUAUUCUUUCUGUACUCCCUAUACAUCCACCUCCUUCCAACUUUUCUUCCUCUCCUCCUUCCCUUUCUUCCUCUCUUCCCAUUUUCCUCUCAACUGAAAUCUCUUUCUUCCCUUUCAUGGAAGGUAGAAUGUUAGAGCUACAAAGGACCAUCUAAGCUAAACCUUUCUUGACCCUCCUUUCUCCUUCUCUCUGCUUCUCUCUCCUCUUUCUCCUUUUUCUACCUCUUCCUCUUCCAAUUCACUUCCUCCUUCACCCCUGCUUCCCCACUCCUACCCACUAAACAAACUUGGAUCAGUCACCUCCUCUUUCUCACCUCCUCUUUCUCACCUCCUUAAACCCCUCCCUCCUCUAGGGGACCUUGGUCAAUCUGACAAGUUUCCCCUCUUUUCUCAGGCACAAACUCCCCUGCUCCCUCCUCAAUGGCCCCAGUGAAACUGUUUAAAAAUCUGGGGUCUGUCUGUCAGCCACUUGCAUGAUCUCAAAGCACACCCAUUGUGGGGAGGGGUACUGCCUAAUCCUGGAAUCCCCUCUCCCUGGGAUUUCUCCCUUCCAUAGGUCAGGCUAUGACAACAGACUGUGUCCACUCUGUGGAACAGAGAGCAGCCCCACACCCAGCCCUUGAGACCCAACCCCCCUUUACCUGUUCGGUCUCUUGAGUGGUCAAUUUUCUAUAAAGCUUGCAAUAAUUUCUGGACCCUCCAGUUUCCCCUUGGAAGUGCCUGUGUCAUUCUUCACCGGAUCUUGGAGGGACCCAGGGGUGGACAGCUCACAGACUAGGGGUGGGAGUGAGCCACAUACAUACACUCAGAAAGAGAAAAACAAAAAGAUCUCUAAGUAUAAUGAUGUGGAAGGGGCUUAGAGAUAUAAUUGAAUCUCUUCAUUUUACAAAUGGGGGAAUUGAAACCUUGAGAAGGGAAAACACUUGCCUAAACUCACAGCCAUUCAGUGUAGCAUAGUGUCUGGACUUGGAAAUCAGAGAACAUGAGUUCCAAUCCUGCUCCACUAUUCAUUAGCUAUGUGAUCUGGGCUUAAAUCACUCCCCCUCACUGAGCCUCAUUUUUCUCACCUGUAACAAUAUUCACACUUAUCACAAAAGCACUUUUUAAGCUCUAAAGUGUAAGAAUGUCUAAAGUGAAAGGAUCUCCACCAGCCUUUCUAACUCUAACAUUCUAUUUUCCAUGAAAGAGAGGAAAGAUAUUUCAAGUGAGGGAGAAGUGAGAGGAAAAUAGAAAGGUGUACUAUUAAUGUUAAUUCCAAGGCUGGUUGUCUCCCAUCCUCCCCAGCCCCUUCACUCUUACAUCAUUAUCCAAAAGGAAAGGCAAAGAGACUCCUUGCAAAAUCAGCCUUACUCUGACAUAAUCUAUGGCCCUUGAUUCCAGAAUAUAGGAUUUGGUUAUUCUAGGAUAUAUAAUUAAGUUGAUCAGGAGAAUGUCACACAUAUAAAUUAAAGGUAGUGUGGUGACUGACUUCCUUUCAAAAAAGGAAAGAAUGUGGAUUUUUUAAACUAUAAGACUGAAUGCUUGAUUUUGGUUCCUGGGGAAAAUCUAGAAUGAAUACUUUAUGAGCAUUCUGAAAGGAGAACAGUGAUCACUAAGACCCAGGAUAAAUUCAGUAAUACUAGGUGAUCGAAGACUAACUUCACUUAGAAAUUUCAAUGAUGUGGUUUAACUGCAUUUCAGCAAAGCAUUUAAACAAGCCUCAUAUAGACACAACGGAGACAUCAAAUGGAUGGGCAGGUGUGGAACGAUUUGAUUGAAUAAAGUAAAAAUACUAAGGUGUGUACCUUAUGUCUAUCAAGAAAAAUUUUGAAUUGUUUUCAAUAUUGCAAUGAUUGGUUCCUUUUGAUGAUUACAGAUACUGCUCUCUCUAACUAAUGCAGAUAAUGAAGAGUUGACUUAUAGAUGCCCCCAAGUGGAAUGGGCUCCCUCAGAACAUAGUGAGUUCUUUAGCACUAGAGAUCUUGAAGAGGAAGAUGUGUGGCCACCUGUCAGGGAGAAUUGAUGCUUGCAGUACAGGUUGGAUUCCAUGUCUUCUGAGAUCCUCUCUAGUUCUGAGAUGUCAUAAUUUUGCAGUUCAUUCAUACUUGCUGUGCCAAAGUGGAAUAAGCUUGUUUUUAUGUGUUUGGGGUUUUUUUGUUUUUUGUUUUUUUGGUGGGGCAAUGAGGGUUAAGUGACUUGCCCAGGGUCACACAGCUAGUAAGUGUCAAGUGUCUGAGGUCGGAUUUGAACUCAGGUCCUCCUGAAUCCAGGGCCAGUGCUUUAUUCACUGCACCAUCUAGCUGCCCCAAUAAGCUUGUUUUUUUAAAAAAGACUCUUGCUCAGGUAGGGGUUGGAACAGAGGCCAUCUGAGUUCCCUUCCAGUUCUAAAAUUCUAUGAUUGGAGGUGAGAACCACACAGGUCCAACAUAGCUUAAAUCAAAGACUCCAAGGAUGCAGGAGAAUGGAUAUUAUAAUUCCCAAUGGGCAGGGUCACUACUAGGUUUAUAAGUCUGGAAUUAUGAAUUCUUAGACUUCCCUAGGAGUGGAGGGGAAUCAAUAGCUUUGGUCACUUCCACUGUUGGAAAACUCACCACCUACCCUGGAAACCAGUUUCAUUAUAGGAGAAUGUUAUUACAAUGUUCUUCCUUAAACUGAGCUGAAGUUUGCUCCCUUUUUCUGUCUCCUGCG